GCGCCAAGCUGUUGAAUUGCAGCGCCGUUUGCAGCGCCAGCAGUUUGCUGCGCAACUGCUGAAAAGCUGGCGACAGCUGACACAGGCUGCGCGGCGAAAACGUGAAGAGACGCUGGGCAAUUGCGCAGAGCGCUUCAAUAGUGAUCAGCCAAAGCUUGUCAGUCAGCAUGCAGUCCUCUUGGAACGC